AUUUUCAGGUAAAAUGGUUUCAUUGAGAGAACUUACAGAGCAAUGAGGUAACCAGGGCAGAGAGGGAGAAGAGGAAGGGGUUUUGUCAAUGGAGCUUAUCACGAUGAUAGUGCCGCCUGAGUUGCAGGACUCGUCGGAAACAAUGGCGCCUGAGAGAAGCGCCAGUUCGAGCGCUAGGGAUGAUGGUGGCGACCAUCCUACUGCGUCGUCUAGCAGCUCGUCUACUGAAGAGACACCUAGCCGUGAAGAAAGGAUGGGGGAUGUGGUGAGCAGUGUCUCAGAUCGGCUGGUGGUUGGGGAAUGGGAAGGUAUGACAAUCCCGGGCAGGUUGAGUAACCUACGAAAAGCACCGAAGGACCUGCCCGCUGGAUUCAGGUUCAAGGCUGCACUUCAUCACGAAGUAGCAGAUUGUGCGCCCUCCAUAAGUGGGUAUAAAAGACUCGAGGAGAUGGUGAGGGCGUACCACAUCCCCAAAACCAUAUUGCUGCGGACUGGCGGGCAGAACGAAAGGGCGUGCACAGUGUCGCAAACGUGCUGGAUCCUAGUGUAUGUGGACCACUUUGACGCCGGCCUGCGGUUUCCCCUGCCCGGAUUGGUGUUCGACCUGCUGGCGGAUUACGAGCUGGCGCUGACGCAGCUGACGCCCAACAGCAUAAGGUUCAUUAUUGGCUUUAUGCUGUUGUGUGAGCGAUUAGAGAACAAAGUGGCGAGGUGGAGGAGGCAAUUCGUAUUUGUUCGCGACACGCGAACAGAGAGGAUAAGCAACGACCUCGCUGCCCGACUAUCAAAAUGGCGCACGCCAAACGCCCAUAUCAACUACCCUCAGCUGCUACCCCAGGAUGUAGAUCUGAAGAACCAGCUGCUUGAGUAUGCGAAGAGGGAGGGUCUAAUAGAUCUAGAAGCCCUGGUUACCUCGAAGCAGCUCGCCGUGUUCGGGUUUGUCGAUGUGACAAACCUAUUCAGCGAAGGUAUAUUUUCAUCAUAUAACAUGGAUUCUAGCCGAGCUGAGGCUUAUGCAUUUGUUUGUGCAGGUGAAAUGAGUAGCAUAUUGGAACGUCAACGUCAGCGUGCCCAGAGCUCACGAGGCCGUGGGGCGAGCAACGCGCAACCCCGGCAAACACGGUUUGACAAGCGGCCACCCCCAGCGCCUCAAUCACGCGGCUCGUCACACCGGGGAUCUAGCUCGGCUUCAAGGCCACGAGCAGAGCACCGAGCUGAGGCUGCAGCUCCGAGCGAACGCAGGCGUGCACGCGAGGAAACGGAGAGCGAAGAUGAGGUCCCCCUCACACGACGCAGAACAAGCGGGGGGACUCAGCCCGCAGAGGCGACUCGUCCUGUGGUCGCGCGCUCACCCACCUCGCGGGCAGCAGCAGAGCCUGCUUCUUCAACAGCCUCUGUGUCGGGCCCCAGGAUUGCUUAUCCUGAGGGCUUCAGCUAUGUGCGGGCGGAGUGCCAGCCCGCCAUGGUGCAGGGCAUGCACAGCUUUGUGCCCCCCGCAGAUAGUAAGCGGGCAAAAGCGUUUGUGCAGCAGCCUGGCGGUCAGGUCGCCAUGAUUAAACUAAUGGAUGCAUUCAGCUACGCUGUAGCUCUGUACAAGAGCGAGCAGGGGGCUCGUACACAGAACAGCGAGCUCGGCUCUGAAAAGGCGAACCGAGCUGCGGCUACAGAAAGCAGGGCGGACGAGCUCACCAACAGAAACAAUGAGCUCAGGGAGGAGUUGGAGCGAGCUCGAGCUGAAAGAGAGAGCGGAAUACAGGCGGCAAAGGAUGAGACCGCCAGGGUCGAGGAGCGGGCUAAGAAGGCCGAGGACGACAGGGACCGUGCUCAGCACGAGCUGGGUUCCCUUAGGCAUCAGGUCGCCGAGGUUGACAGAAACCUCACUACUGUAGAGGAGGCGUUGAACGACCUGAAGGCAUCUCAUGCGCGCUCUGUCAGUAUUGCUCGAGCCCAAGGAGUAGAAUGGCUGGUCAGCUCGUCCGCGUUCCAAGACGCAGUGGCGGUGGCGUCUGCUAACAUGACCACGGAGAUCUACAACGAGAUCCGUGGUAAGGUGCUGCACCACCGCCCGGACUUCCCCAUACGCGAGCUGGCGUUCUUCGACAGGGAGGAUAUUGACAAGCAGGGUAAGAGCCUUGCUCCCCUCGCUGAGACUACAGCGCGGCUGAGGUGGGACCUCAAUGAAGAGGGAGUACCUGUCUGGCCUCCUUCAGUUUUGGAAGAAGGGGAGGACCCAGCGGGUAUGCCCUCGUUUGAUGGAUGGGUAGAGGGGGCUCCUGUUGCUGAGCAGGAGCCGUCAAGUACUCCUCCGAACUCUCAGCCCGCCAUGGCGCUGCCCGUCGAAGCACCAGCUGCUGAGCCUGCUGCUCGCUCGCCUCCGGCUCGCUCCUCUCCUCCAGCUCGCUCGCCUCCCCCAACGGCUGAUGCGUCCAUGCCUGUCGACCUGACGGACGAUUAGGCUUAGAGAUUUUGUUGUUUCUUUGGUAUUUCUUUUUGUCCUUAAGUAUUUUUUGUAUUUGAUCAAAGGAUCUAUCCCCGAUGUAUGUUAAAUCUAAAAACUUUGAUGAAAUGCAAAUAUGAACUUCCUUUUGAAAUUGUUGUAUUGUCAUUUACAGUUUCUGUACGUUGUCAUUUACAAUUGCUUGAUAACAGUGUGAAUAAAAUGGCAGAACACGUAUUAACUGUAAAACUUUCUAAGGUUGUG